CACCUGCGAACUUUUGCACUGGUCGCUUUGCAACGUGAUUCCUACUUGCGCCGAACCGGAACACGAACAAUCCACGACGAAAAUGUCUUCUCUGAAGCGACAAAAGGUUUCGCAUAAGGCCUCCGCGGUCAAGGAGUCUCGUGUCGCUGAGAGGGAGUCAUCCCCGACCCAAUCCGCCGUCUCUGAGCCUGAGGUCGAAGGAGAGGUUACCGCCGACGCCACAGAGGAGGUUACGAAAAGCUUUAAGGAUCUCGGAGUUGUCGACUCGCUUUGCGACGCAUGCGCCAACCUCGGAUACACGAAACCCACCCCCAUCCAGGCCCAGUCUAUCCCACAUGCCUUGGCGAAUCGCGAUAUCAUCGGCUUGGCCGAAACUGGUUCAGGAAAGACGGCAGCGUUCGCGCUGCCGGUGAUCCAGGCUCUUUUGGAGAAGCCUCAAGCAUUCUUCGGGUUGGUGCUAGCACCUACGAGAGAAUUGGCUGCCCAAAUUGGCCAGCAGUUUGAGGCCCUGGGCAGCUUGAUCUCGCUCCGGACAGCAGUAAUCGUCGGUGGGCUGGACAUCUAUUCCCCAGUUGCCCAAGCCAUCGCUCUCGGCAAAAAGCCACACGUCAUCAUAGCGACACCCGGAAGACUGGUAGACCACCUUGAAAAGACAAAAGGGUUCUCCUUGCGGUCACUCAAGUACUUGGUCAUGGACGAGGCUGACAGACUGCUGGACAUGGACUUCGGUCCCAGUAUCGACAAGAUUCUCAAGUUCGUCCCCCGCGAACGGCGAACAUUUCUCUUCUCCGCGACCAUGAGCUCCAAGAUCGAGAGUCUGCAAAGGGCCAGUUUGCGCGAUCCUGUCCGCGUCAGCAUCAGCUCCAACAAGUACCAGACCGUCUCAACCCUUCUGCAAUACUACCUCUUCAUACCCCACACGCAGAAGGACGUGCAUCUCAUUUACCUCCUCAACGAACAUGCCGGCAAGAAGAUUAUGAUCUUCACGCGCACCGUGGCUGAGACGCAAAGAUUGGCCAUCUUGCUCAGGUCACUGGGUUUUGGCGCCAUCCCUCUCCACGGCCAGCUGAACCAAACAGCUCGUCUCGGCGCUCUCAACAAGUUCCGCACAGGCACACGGUCCAUUCUCGUCGCAACGGACGUGGCUGCUCGAGGAUUGGAUGUUCCGGCGGUAGACGUCGUCGUCAACCACGACUUGCCCCAAGACAGCAAAACCUUCAUUCACAGAAUUGGUCGAACCGCUCGUGCUGGAAAGUCAGGUAUCGCCCUCAGCCUCGUCACACAGUACGACCUGGAAAUCUUCCUCCGCAUUGAGGCCGCUCUUGGCAAAAAGUUGGACGAGUAUCCUACGCAAAAGGAUGAGGUCAUGGUUUUCCAAAAUCGCGUUGAAGAGGCUCAGAGACAUGCUAGAAUGGAAAUGAAGAACUUGAUGGAAACGAAGGGUAAGAAGGGAUCGACGCUGAAAGGCGGAAAGAAGGGCGGUGCAGGCAGCGGUGGCAAGCGGCGCCACGACGACAUGGAUGCUGAAGAGGGUUGAGAGGGGCAUCUAGGUCCGAAAACGAUGGGUUUACGCUGGGGUCAUUCUGCUAUAAGACAACUAAUGGUAUCUGAGUGCUAGAGUUGAAGAUUGAACGGAAUCGGGUCCUACUGCAGACAUGAGAGUGCAAUCCCUUUUUCCAAUUGACGAAGGCCUACUAGGGUCAAUGUUAAGAGAAAAAUAUGAGAGAGCACACCAAAGGCUCGUUCCAUCGGGUUCUUCGAUCGCAGUGGCGCAGCGAGCAAGGUGAAAGCUGGCGGAGCAUGACGGCGAGCAUAGUUUCGAGAUGAAUCCCCCAGGAAAAAUGUCGGGUAGUCCGAGAAUGAGAACGCAAUGAAGGCUACGAAGGUUGAGAGAAGCAAGAUAAACAAUGUGACACAAGACAGACAGCCAAGCAAUUC